AUGAGCGACGGCAUGGCCUCCACAGUGACUCCCCCUCCAAGCGAUCCUUCGCCGGGGGCGAGACCGGCAGUCCCCAAGAAGCGAGAGGGCGACGCCACGCCCGAGGGAAAGCCCAAGCGCACGCGCACAGGCUGUUUGACAUGCAGAGAGCGCCAUCUCAAGUGCGACGAGACCAAGCCAACCUGCAACAAUUGCUCCAAGUCGCAAAGAGACUGCAAUUGGGGCAAGAAACUCAACUUUCUUGACACCACAUGUGAGAGGAAUGCAUACAUCAUACCAAAAGGCAACGACUACUGCAUCGCUUUCCAGGAUGAAUCGAGAACAAUCGCUGGUGAAUACGUCGGGGGGCGAGAAAUGUACCCGGCAGAGGAGGCCGACGACCACAUACCCAUCAUGGGCAAUGGAUUCGACAUGGGACCGCCCGUCAGUCUAGGUGCGCCAGGCCCCUCGCGCCAACACCUUAUACCAAUACAAGGCAUUGUACCCGACUUCCAGCAAGCGUCGCACAACUUCAGCUACGACCAUCAGCGAGCGCCUCAGCAGCAACCCACACGUGCACAAGAGGUCCUGUAUAUGCAAGUCUUCGUGGAGGAGAUAGGCAUAUGGAUGGACAGUAUGGAUGCACACAAACACUUCUCGCGCCUCCUCCCGUUCCACGCGUUGAACGAACCCAUGCUUCUUCACGCUUUCCUUGCUUGUGGCGCACGACAUCUCGCUCUCGUCAAUCCCAAGUACAGCGAGGACAAAGCAUUACAUUACUAUGAUGUGUCCACGAAGGAUUUGCUACUCUCAUUGCAAGACCCUGACCGCGACACGAUACUUUGUGCCACAACGGCCGUAAUACUGAACGUUUACGAAAUCAUGGGCGAACGAGCCUUGCAACGCAUGAACCAUAUCGCUGGUGCACGCGCACUGAUCAAGGAAUGCCGAUGGAAUGCAAGGUCCACAGGCAUAGGGGCUGCAUGCUUCUGGCUGAAUGUUGGCAUGGAGAUUCUAAGCUGUCUACAUUUUAACUGGCAGGUCGCUUGGGACCCAGACGACUGGGGUAUUGAAAUGGACUUCACUCCCGAGAUCGAGUCAGGCAAAGAAGAGGUCUGGACCCAUCGAAUACUUUACAUCGUUGCACGCACCUGCAACUUCCGUGCAUCAAUACCCCGAAACCAAGACGUUGCCCGACAGACGCUUCAAGACAGGCAUGCUGAAUGGACCCGACUGAAGGACAUGACAGACAAGUGGAAUGAGAACAUCCCACGGACUAUGCAUCCAAUGGCAUACCUCUACCCUGGCCAAACCAUCUCCGGCUCUGCCUUUCCAGAAGUGUGGCUUGUUAAGCGAGCGUCCAUUGUGGCAAGACUCUUCUACCAUACAUGCUUGGUACUACUAGCGCAGAUCAACCCCAUCCAGGGGCCGAACGAACCUGAAAUGUGGGCAAUGCUCGAACAGAAUUCAAAAUUCAUUUGUGGCAUCAGUGCACACGUCAAAGAUCGCGGUGUGGCGAGCGUGGCUUUGCGCUCACUUGCAAUAGCUGGAGAAUGCCUGACAGAUCGUCGAGAGCAGGAGGAAGUACUCCAAAUCUUCGAUAAGAUUCGUCAAGAGACAGGAUGGCGUGUUGGCUUUGUCAACACCGAAUUGAAGCAGCGAUGGGGUUGGGAUACGCCCCAACAGGAACAACAACAGCAAGCUCAGCAACAGGCACAACAAGCCCAGCAGCAACAGCAAGUGCAACAAGCACAGCAGCAGCAGCAACAACAACAACAGCAACAACAACAACAGCAACAACAGCAACAACAGCAGCAGCAACAGCAGCAGCAGGUGAACGGCCACGUACAAGACACUAUGGCCUACCAACAGCAACCGAUGCAGCAUGCGCAGAUGGUCAUUCAGCAACAAAUGCCCCCGGCCUCACUUCCGCCUGCUCUGAUUCAGCCUAGACGACCGCCCGCUUUUGGCAAUCCCCUUCUCGUGGCCGAUUUUAGCAUGCCGCAACAUCCUUACCAGACCCAUUACGUCCCCGCAAACGUUAUCCAACAGCAGCAGCCGCCAUCGCUCUUACAACCGCCGUUGAGUGGUAUGAACGGAUACGGCGGGCAGAGUUUCUACUAA